UGGAACGUACAACUGCUGAUCUUCGAUCAGUUGAUUUAGUUGACAGUUAUACUAUCUGAAUAACCAAAUAAGAAUUUGGGCUGAUCCUCGGUCAGUGAUUCCUGUGACCUGUAUGUAUUUACAUUCCGAUUAACACAAUAAAAGUCCGACAAACCUAUUUGAUAUUGAGGGAGUUUGAUUUGGACGAUUUUUAAAGGAACAUCGAUUUGUUGUUGUUUCUUGAUUUGGAUGAUGGUUGGAACAAUAAAGAGAACAAGGUCGCUUGGGUGGGAGCACUUUGAGCUUUUGCAGCCCAAUUCAGUCAAAUGUAACGUUGGAAACCAACAUCUGGCAUUUCCUAACACAUCAUCAGAGUUGACACCUCUGUUCUGAGCAUCCAGAGGAUUUAAAUGAUGCAGGGCAAACUGGAACUUCACACAUGCCUAUGCAAGAUGUACAAUUCCCAAACUUAAAAGAAGCGUGUUGAGCAGCUUCCCUGUAUUAUACUGGCUGCCUAAGUACUCAGUGUGGGACUAUGGCAUGCCAGACCUCAUUGCCGGCAUCAGUGUGGGCAUAAUGCACCUACCACAGGGUAUGGCGUAUGCAUUGCUGGCUUCAUUACCACCUGUAUUUGGGCUCUACACAUCCUUCUACCCAUCACUGAUCUAUUUCGCUUUUGGAACAUCACGUCAUCUCUCCAUUGGUACAUUUACUGUGCUCAGCAUCAUGGUCGGCAGUGUGACAGAGAGACUUGCUCCGGACAUGGACUUCCUCAUUAUGAAUGGGACCAACAUUACUGGUGAGGUGGACAUAACUGCCCGGGAUUCAUACAGGGUGCAGGUGGCAGCUGCUACUACUGUCCUAGCAGGACUUAUUCAGGUGGUACUGGGUUUGGUAAAGUUUGGAUUUGUGGGAACGUACUUGUCUGAACCUCUGGUGCGGGCUUACACAACAGCUGCUGCAGGCCAUGCUGUGGUGGCACAACUGAAGAACAUUUUUGGAGUGUCACCCACAAGGUUUAGUGGUCCGCUGUCACUUGUGUAUACUCUGAAGGAUGUUUGCUCCCUGCUGCCACACACUCAUCUUCCAACACUAGUGGUCAGUGCUGUGUCUAUGGUGUUCCUAAUUGCAGCCAAGGAGCUCAAUUCCUUCCUCAGUCCAAAGCUGCCAGUGCCCAUCCCAGUGGAGCUCAUCACAAUUGUGACAGGAACAUUGAUAUCAAAGUAUGCUCACUUGAAGAGCAACUACACUGUUUCAGUUGUUGGAGAAAUUCCUAGUGGUUUAAGUCCCCCCAGUGUACCAGAUGCUAGCCUUUUUGGAGAGGUUAUCGGUGAAGCUUUUGCACUGGCCAUCGUUGGAUAUGCCAUAGGUAUUUCACUUGGAAAAACAUUUGCACUGAAACAUGGAUACAAGGUGGACAGUAACCAGGAGCUGGUGGCUCUGGGUCUCAGUAAUGUAGUUGGAGGCUUCUUUAAGUGCUAUUCAGUCUGCUCCUCCAUGUCUCGAAGUCUCAUCCAGGAGACCACUGGAGGAAAAACACAAAUGGCUGGAGUGGUCUCAUCUCUAAUUGUCUUGGUGACUAUACUGAAACUUGGACCACUGUUUCAGGAGCUGCCAAAGGCUGUCCUUGGAGUGAUUGUCUUUGUUAAUCUGAAAGGUAUGUUCCAGCAGUACUCUGACAUUGUUACACUGUGGAGGAGCAGCAAGAUUGAUCUGGUGGUGUGGUUGGUCACUUGGGUGUCGACACUGCUCCUCAAUCUUGAUCUGGGUCUGGCCGCAUCAGUCACCUUUGCACUCCUUACCGUUAUCUUCAGGACACAGUUGCCAACAUACUCUGUUCUGGGAAAUGUUCCAGGUACAGAACUGUACGUGGAUGUAGAGACGCACAGGGAGGCAAGAAAGAUUCCAGGUGUUACUAUAUUCCGCUCCUCAGCUACAGUAUAUUUUGCCAAUGCUGAGCUCUACCUUGAGGCCCUGAAAGAAAAGAGUGGGCUUGACAUCAGUAAAAUGCUUAUUUAUAAGAGGAGGCAGGAAGCCAAACAGAAACGCAGAGAAAGGAGGGCUGAGAGACGGGCAAAGAGGCGAGCCAAGAGAGAGAGACAAGCACAGAGGGCAGCUAAACAGCUGUCUGGGUCAGUGGUGUUCUCUGUGGAGUUAGAGCCCAGCAGCUGGAAAGACACAUGUAUCAGUGGAAAUGUACCAGACAAGGAAAGUCAAGGCUGGACAGAGAGGGAGAAUGGGACGGUGUUUGUCAUUCCUACUGCUCCCCGAACAUCAGACUGCCACUGUAGAUGGGAAUACCUGAAAGGAGGAGAUCCUGAUGGCACCAGCUUAGGGUCGAUGUCUGAACUUCAUGACAGUGAUACCACCACUCUGGGCUCCAGCAGCGAUGACACACAGAGUCAGGAUCUGGAGCGGGUCUCUCUUGGGUCUCUGGGCAAGUGGACCUGGGACAUUCACUCCAUCAUUCUUGACCUGUCCACAACUAACUUCGUGGACACAGUGGCUAUAAAGACUUUGAAAAAUAUAUUCCAAGACUUCAGUGAGAUUGAUGUAGACAUCUACAUGGCUGGUUGUCAAGCAUCCGUGGUGGAGCAAUUCGAGCUUGGUGGCUUCUUCUCCCAGUCAAUAACAAAAAGACAUCUUUUUGCCUCCGUUCAUGAUGCUGUGCUCUACUGUUUGGAUCACCAUGAAACAACAUCAUUCCCCAGAUACGAGCCAUCAGAGGAAAUGGACAGCAGCACAAAACCUUAAGGAUUUCAUCCAAACGUGACAUCCAGUAAAACAACUAUUUCAAUAUCUGCUGGAGGGAAUAAAACAAAUUAAAAAUUUUUAUUUGUAAAUUAUUAGUUGCAAGUAUUUGAC